CUCACACAGACACGUACGCAAACACCGCCCACAGCACAUCCCGGACCGCUUUGGGUCGGAUGCAUUGAAUGCACAGCUGGCCACCCGCCCAUAUCAACAAACACCAAAGAGCCACACACACACAGACAGACAGACAGACACAAAACAUCUCGGACGGACGGCUCAGUCAGUGCUUCCGUCCGCACCACAUCACACCACACCACACCACAUCACCAGCAUAGCAAAUUAUGAGAGAUGAUAUAAACCACCCCAUCCAUGUAUCCAUCCAUCCAUCCGUGCGUCAAUCUCACACAUCACAGCUCUCCCCUCUGUAUGUCUCCUCUCCUCGACCCCUCCUCUCCCUCUCCUCCUUCGACCUUGACCUCCGUCCACAUGACCACGAGCCCGUCCCCUUUCAGCAGCCGCACCCCCUCCAGCCCCCUCCCCGCCCACUCCACACCCUUACCCCUCCCCUCCCUCCGUUGGACCACCCCCCCAGCCGCAGCGUCAGCGUCAUCACCACUCGAUAUGCUCACCAUCUCAUAGGUCUUGCUCUCAUCCAAGAAUUCCACAGGGAUGUGUGGGACCACCACCGUCUCUUCCCGCCCGUUGAUGGCAGCGAGGAACCACCUCUCGGUUGUGUCGUUGUUGGUCUUGCGAGCCAUGACGGCGAGUUGGCCGAUUCUGCUGGGGGGGAGGGUAUGGGUGGUGUGCCACGUGGUGGGGAUGGCCUUGAUGACGUCCAGGGCGGGGGCGUGCGGCUUGCUCUUGUCCAGGAGGUAGUGAGGGUCCUCUGCGAUGGUCUGCAGCGGUGAGUCAAACAAGACUAGCAACGCCAUCUGGUGCACCUGCACCCACCCGUCCACACACACACACACACACGUGGAUAGAUAGAAUGGUUCUGUCCACUUGUGUGGCUGCAUUCCAUUCGGCAAUUAAGGCUGGCUGACCAGGGUGGUGUUGCCCCUCCUCUCGGCAUUGAGUGCCAUGGGUGUGUAGUCGGCGCCGCCCAGGACGAAUCGCGUGAAAGGCAGGAUGGCGUUGUGUCGUGCUGUGAUGGGUUUGAGGUGCUGCUGGUCCAGGAUGAAGUCCGCCCCGUGGAUCAGACGCAUGAUCUCCAUGCCCCACACCGCCUCACGUGUCAACUGAAACAAAGGGAUAAUGGAAUCGCAGUGUGUGUGCAGGGCAGGGCGGUCAUGCCCUCUGUUUGUGAGCUGCGCCUACUUGGUUGGGGUAUCUCCGCGACUCUCCGCUGGGCUUGUGGCAGCCAUGCAGGUUGACGACCAGCUCCAGCUCGGCAGACAUCUCCAUCAGGGCCGUCUCGAAACGAACCAAAUCUGUCAGUCCCACAAAGCACACACAACACAAACAAAGAGGAGACAUCUAUCGUCCGUCCAAGAGAGACAGCCCAGCUGAGCCAUCCGUGUGUCUGUCUGUCUCUCUUCUGUGCAGCGCACCCUCCGUCUCUCCGUGCACAAAGUCCACUUUGACACCGCUGGCGCCCGUGGCCUUGAGGCGGUUCAGAAACCGGCGCAGGCUCUUGAAUUCGCCUGUAGGGCCCGGGUCAACUAUGGUGUCGUUGUCAUUCGUGUCCUGAAUCGAAUCAACACACAAGGAAGGAAUGGCGCUCGAUUGAGUCGGGCUUCGUGCCCCCAUGAACGAACGGCACUGCACUGCACUACAGCGACGUACGGACGGACCUUCCAAGCGAUGACCUUGACGCCCCUCUCCCUGGCGUAGUCGCUGAGGUCGGCCAGCAUCGAGUACGCAGUGCGCAUUUCGGGAAGCGCCUCUGGCCACAGCCCGUUGGGGUCACGCCGCCGGAUCGGGGGAAUUAGAAAACCGUCCCUGUGCACGGUCAGAUCGAUGGUCAGUCCAACGGGCACACACAGAUGGAGGGAUGGAUGCGGCCUGUAUGAAAGGCAGUUAGUGAGGUGUGUGUGUGUGCGUACGUGGUGUCGUUGUUGCCCCACUGCUGCCAGCAGCAGUCGACGGUGGUGUACUCGAAGCCCAGCUCGGCCGCCGCCUCGAUGUAGCGCUUCUCGCCCUCCACUGUUGUCUCGUCCCACCCCCUGUCCUCCGUCCACUCGGCAUUAUACCAAGCCCACACCGACCGACCCGGCAGCACCCACGACGGCAGCUCGCCCCCUACCGCCUGCUUUGCAUCAUUCUGCUGUGGCCCCAUGACGGCCAUCUGGUCGCCCCACCCAGAGGAUGAUCCUGAUGUCUGGAAGAGCUCAGGAUCGGGGGCGGGGUUGAGGUGAGAGACCAUCUCGUUGUUGACGAGCUCGUCAAGGUUGGCGGCGAGCAUGACGACGCGCCAUGGCGUGUGGGUGAGUCCGUCGUCCUCGCUUUUGGGCGAGGCGGCGAAGAUGGCCUCGCUAAAGUUGGCACGGAAGAUGCGGCCGGGGAAGGCCUCGAUGCGCAUGCCGGAAAAGUCGUAGAGUGCCGCCUCGGUCACCAUGACGUACUGGAUGCCCUUGCCGCUCCAGCCGUCGCUACUGGGGUCCAUCUCAAACAGCAGCGGAGGACCGUAGACGUGACCAAAGUCCUUGUUGCGGGUGGCCAGGUGGUCGACGGGAGAAUGGAACCACUCACCCGCAUAGCUCCACAGCUCGUAGACGCUGAGGCCAUCUGUCCUCUCAAAGUGCCACACAUGGCUGCCAUCUGCACACACACACGCACACGCACACACACGCACACCAACACCAGGCCACCUCAACAAUGCCGCCCCGCCCCGCGCCACACACACACUCUCUCUCACGCACACCCACCUGGCAUGACGAAUUCCGUGUCCUCGUCGCUGAUCUGGUCCUUGUCAGUGCCAUCCCAUGAGUAUCUGAAGGCCGCCCCGUCGUUGAACAGCCGCACAUUGAGGUACCAGGUGAUGUUGCCCUCCAUCUGCCGCACCGGGAAGGUGUAGUCCAUGGCGUGGCUGGUCACCAACCGAUGCUUCCCCAGCGUCACAUAAGUCUCCUCCAUCUCCUCGGGCGGCAGCUCGUGCAUCUCCACACCACGACCCAGGUUCAUGCCGUUGACCGUCACGCCCAGCGCAGAGCUCUCAACGAUCUCGCCGCCAGUCGCCCGGUCCGUCACCUUGUACAUGAGCUGGUUCCGCCCCGGGCUCGGGCUCUCGACAUCGUCACCAUUCUCCGACACAAAGACGGUGAACACAUAGGGCGGCGAUGCGGCGGUGCCAGUAUCAGCAUCAUUAUCAUCAUCGGCUGCUGGCGUGCUGCGUGGCGGUGGCGGGGUGAUGUCCUUGGAUGUGACAGGGGCGCCGAUGGGGAGCAGGGCCGCCAGUGGGACAGAUGCGGCCUGCUGCCAUAAUGUGGCCACACAAAUCAGCAGGACUGCCCAGUCCAUCGUGGAGAGGGCGCGGUGGUACCUCGGGAGAGAACCCAGCAGCGGUUUUAGAUCCGCC